AUGCCAGCAUUGCCUCUGGAUGAACUCCAGCUGACAGAAAGGGAUCCCAAGACAGGGAAGCUGAGAACUUUACCAGCCCUGCACCCAGAAAUAAAAGCAGAUCGGUCUUUUGUGCUAUACAGACCACCACCUGUUGUCAGAGACCCUGCUUUAGUGGAAGAAUUCUUGGAGCGAGCAAAAUUCAUUGCAGAUGACCUGAACUGGCUUCUGGCUUUACCUCAUGACAAAUUUUGGUGCCAGGUAAUAUUUGAUGAGACGCUUCAGAAGUGUCUGGAUUCCUACCUGUGCUAUGCCCCGCGCAAGUUCGACGCGCUGCUGGAUUGCCAUCCGGAGGUGAAUGACGUGCAGAAAUGUCUUCAUAGGUGUGUCUUCCUGACUUUCCUCAGAAUGUCCACUCACAAGGAGUCCAAGGAUCAUUUUAUCACUCCCUCUGUCUUUGGAGAAAUUAUUUACAAUAAUUUCCUGUUUGACAUCCCCAAGAUUCUGGAUCUCUGUGUGCUUUUUGGGAAAGGAAAUGGUCUCCUUCUCCAGAAGAUGAUUGAGAAUAUCUUCAUGCAGCAGCCAAGUUACUUCGGUGACCUAGACGAAACGCUGCCCACUGUCCUGCAGGUGUUCAACAAUAUUUUGCAUAAGUGUGGUUUGCAGUGUGAAGGAGCCUCUGCUGAGCCCCAGAAAUUGGAAGAAAGAGUAAACGUGACUCCGGGAAACAUGCCCCUCCAGGAGCUGAAGGAUAUUGUGCUGUACUUAUGUGACACUUGCACAACACUCUGGGCGUUUCUUGAUGUCUUCCCAUUGGCUUGCCAGACCUUCCAAAAACAUGAUUUUUGCUACAGAUUAGCUUCGUUUUAUGAACUGGCAAUUCCUGAGCUGGAAUCUGCAAUUAAGAAGAGGCAUUAUGAGGAUAACAGUGUUUUUGCUGAUUUGUGGAGGAGAAUUUCACAUUCCAGAAAGAAGAUGAUAGAAGCUUUUCACAUUCUAAUCAACCAAGUCUGUCUGCAGCCCAUCUUAGAAAGCAGCUGCGAGAAUAUUCAGCCCUUUAUUGAGGAAUUUCUACAGAUCUUCACUUCGGUGCUUCAGGAAAGGAGAUUUCUCCGUGACUACGAUGAGCUGUUUCCCAUUGAGGAUGAUGUCAGCCUGCUUCAGCAAGCAUCCUCCACGCUAGAUGAGACCAGGACAGCUUACAUUGUCCAGGCAGUGGAAAGCGCCUGGGAAGGGGUAGACAGGAAAAAAGCACAAGUCACUAAAGAUCCCCUCCCAGCAGCACCUAAUGGAGCAUCAGCAGAAGGGGAGAGCGCUGCUGAGGACAUGGAAGAGCUUGGGGCUGCGUAUGCAUCAGGGGAUGAGUGUGCCGGAGCAGCUGCUGCGCCCGUUGCCAAGGUGUCAGGGGUGGAGCUGGACUCUCUCAUCUCUCAAGUGAAAGACUUGCUGCCAGACCUUGGGGAGGGCUUCAUCCUGGCCUGCCUGGAAGAGUACGGGUACAACACGGAGCAAGUGAUCAACAACAUUCUAGAAGAUAAGCUGGUGCCAUACUUGGAUAAGCUGGACCGAUCAAUGCCAAGGCAGCUGAAGCCAGACCCUACUCCUCUAGUCACUUCUCGCUAUAACGUUUUCCAGAACGAUGAGUUUGAUGUUUUCAGUAGGGACUCGGUGGAUGUUUCUCGGAUACAAAAAGGCAAACG